AUGCUAUCGCUUUCACUCGCCUUGCUAGCUUCCAGCAGUCUCGUUCUGGCCGCCGAAAUCGCUCCUCAGAGUGGAGCUCGGCAGCACUUCGCCACCGACGGUCAAUGUACAGCAACAGCAGUCGAUUGUGCAGCCACGGCUGACGGUGGUUGUAUCGCCGCUAGUACGGCUGAUGGCGGACCGUUGGACUUCAGAGUGGUCUAUGUGCCUCCUAAGACCUAUGGUGCCGGCCAGCAGAGAGCGGUCUACAUAAACGAGAUCCCUGGUGCUUUUGCCUUGGCAUAUCCCAGGAUUGUUGACGCUUCGAGAGCUCCCAGUUAUGCUCCUGUUGGUGACCAGCAACCCAGUGUUCCCACCGGGUACGUCGACAUGCCGGAGGGUACCACUUACGGGUACUGGGACUCCUCUUAUGGUAUCAUGAACGAGGCUGGCGUCUCUAUGGGCGAGAGUACUUGCAGUGCUCGUAUGGAGUCUUUCCCACGUGGUGACGGUCCCGAGGGUAAAGGUGCAAUGUUUUGGAUUGGCGAGCUAUCUGAUAUUGGACUUGAGCUUUGUGACACUGCAAGGUGUGCCGUGCAGACUAUGGGUGACUAUGCUGAGAAAUAUGGUUACUACGGCUCUGGUGAGGCCCUCGUGGUGGCUGAUGGUGAGGAGGUUUGGGUUUUCCAUGUAACUCCUGACGAUACAACUACGAGCGCGGUUUGGGCAGCCCAGAGAGUUCCUAAGGGUCACGCCACCAUCGUGCCGAACACUUUCAUCAUUCGUGAUAUCGAUCCUGUCGAUGGCGAUAAUUUCUUAUACUCGACCAACAUGUAUGAAAUCGCACUAAGGUACGGUUGGUGGAAUGGUGCUGGUCUGCUUGAUUUCGCUUAUGCCUUCGGCGCGGGUGAGCAGGGUCAUCCUUAUGUUUCCGGUCGACGUAUUUGGAGAGGUCUUUCUCUUUUCGCCCCAUCUCUUAAUCUGGACCCUACUCUCGGUGUUGAAUGGGAACAUCCUACCUACCCCUUCUCUGUGAAGCCCGAUGAGCCUAUCACAAUUGACUUCAUGCGUCGGUUGUACCGAGACCAUAUGGAGGGUACUCCCUAUGACUUGACAGACCAUGUUGUUGCUGGUGGUCCCUUCAAGACGCCAGUGAGAUAUCCUGGUGGCAGGGCUGAGGCGACCUUCAAACACGGUGCUUGGGAAAGGGCUAUCUCUGAGGAGCACUCAUACUAUGGCUUCAUAGCUGUAACUUAUAAGAACAAGUACAACGUGGUUUACUUUGCGCCGUCGUCCCCUCAUGGGAGUGUUUUCGUGCCGAUUAUCGUUAAGCCCAGCCAAACUGUGAAGUCUAUUCCUUGUCUCGAAUACUCCUGGCAAGGGGAGGUGAAUGACAGUUCUCUUUGGUGGGCUGCUGAGACUGUUGCUAAUGUGAUGGAUUUGAAGUAUAUGUAUAUGGUCAAUGAUGUUAGGAAGGCUCAGUUUGGUAUCGAGAGUAAGAUUGACGAGAUGAUGCUCACCGAGUCCUCUGAUGAUAUCGAGAAGAAGAUGGCGGACUAUGACGAUGAGAUUCAACGUGAGUGGAUGAAUAUGCAUUAUACGUUACUUGGAAAGUAUCAAAAUGGUUACACUAAUUGGGGCUAUUCUAUGGUCGGUUAUGGCCCGUCUGCUGAGUGGUUGCGUGCCGCUGGUUUCCAAGAUUUCGAGGCUACUCCUGAGCAGUUCGCUGCUCUAAGAAAGAGGUAUGAGGAAACUCAGAAGCAGGCUGAUGCUAUUCGUAAUGCUGCACUGUCAAACCCUGAGAAAGAACUGUAG